GACUGUGUUUUGUCUUUUGUGCAAAGCAGAAGAGAAGAGUGGAGUCCGAUCAAGCAGCGGCGUCUCUUCCCUCUUCCCCGGAUCCUCUUAAAACUCCCUCCCGAACCUCUCCCCUUCCACCCUUGCCACCCUAUCCACCCCUGAACACACUUCAAGUGACGGUUCGGCCAGAAGCCAAUACAUCUCUUUGUUGGCCAGCGAGGUGGACUGAGCAGCAGCAAUGGAAACAAGUCUGGUUGAAGGAGGACUUAAUGUCACCUUAACCAUCAGGUUACUCAUGCAUGGGAAGGAGGUUGGAAGCAUAAUCGGCAAGGUAAGUGCUUUCCUUUUUCCUGCUGAAAGGAUGUUAUCUUCUGCUCCAUCUGUGUUUUUUGAAAAUCCUGCAUAUUUGGGGGUUUUUUUCCUACAGAAAGGCGAGUCUGUGAAGAAAAUGAGAGAAGAGAGUGGUGCUCGCAUCAACAUCUCGGAGGGGAACUGUCCGGAGAGGAUCAUAACUCUGGCAGGACCCACCACUUCCAUCUUCAAGGCCUUCUCCAUGAUCAUUGAGAAGCUGGAGGAGGACAUCAGCACCUCCAUGACUAACAGCACGGCCACCAGCAAACCACCAGUCACCAUGCGUCUCGUCGUGCCUGCCAGCCAGUGUGGCUCUCUCAUUGGCAAAGGCGGCUGCAAAAUCAAAGAAAUCAGAGAGUCAGCAGGAGCUCAGGUACAAGUAGCAGGGGACAUGCUGCCCAACUCAACAGAGCGUGCCAUCACCAUUGCAGGGACCCCACAAUCCAUCAUUGAGUGUGUGAAGCAAAUCUGUGUCGUCAUGCUUGAGUCUCCACCCAAAGGCGUGACCAUCCCAUACAGGCCCAAACCCUCAGGCUCUCCUGUCAUCUUUGCAGGUGGUCAGGCAUAUGCUGUCCAAGGACAGCACGCCAUUCCACAGCCUGAUGUAAGUGAAGGUCCCUCUCUCACCAAACUUCACCAGCUAGCCAUGCAGCAGGGCCCCUUCCCCAUUGCACAUGGCAACCAGGGCUUCCAGGCUGGAAUGGAUGCCUCUGCACAAACUGGCUCACAUGAGCUGACCAUUCCAAAUGAUCUCAUCGGCUGCAUCAUCGGUCGUCAAGGCGCAAAGAUCAAUGAGAUCCGUCAGAUGUCAGGAGCUCAGAUCAAGAUUGCCAAUCCAGUGGAAGGCUCGACCGACAGACAGGUCACCAUCACUGGCUCCCACGCCAGCAUCAGCCUGGCUGAGUACCUGAUCAAUGCUCGGCUUUCUUCUGAAGCUACUGGACUUGCAGCCAACUGACAUGGAAGAUCUUCAUCAGCAUCUAAUAAACUCCUCCGCCUAAUUUUUACCAAGAACUUAAUGAACUUAAUGCAAAAACCAAGUACUCUAAACUCACUGUUUUCUCUUGCCUUGGUUAGACACAUACUUGGUUGUAAUUACACCGUUACCGUCAUAUUGGUAUUUUAUUUAUUUAUUAUAUUUUAAACCUGUUGGCCUACAGAGACUGUCUUCUGUUGUGUUUUUCCUUUUUAUUUCUGCUGUAAAUCUGUAUGGUUUUCUUGAUAUACUAAAAAAAUGUUUUAGAAAAAUCUGUAAAGGCAUAAUGUUUUUUCUUAUGUCAGAUUUUUCUUAGAAAAUGUUAAAAUGAAGUUAAAAAAACAAUAACAAUAAAGAUGGACUGUUCUUUCCCUUCCUUUGAAAUAUAUAUUUAUUUUUAUUUAAUACACAGUUCCUUGUACAAGUAGAAUUCAAUAUUUGCUAUUUGAAGAUGUACUUCCUGAACAAGGCAUUGUGGGAUUUAACGGGUUUUAGUGUGUGAAAAGGAGCUAAAUACAUAUUCAGGAAAAAACUUUGAAGGUAAUUUAUUUCUUAGUGGGGGGAGGGGUCAUAACUUUAAGCUUUGUCACGUUUCACCUCUAACCUGCUCAGUAAUUGUGUCAUUCCUGUUUCCAUUCAUUGUAUUUGUUGAUCCGGACGUUUGAGCUUCAUUGUGAACACUGAUCAGGGUGGGUGGACCGCGGUCACGAGCAGUGGGCCGGAACAUUUUGGAAAUGUUUUCUCAGAAAUUACCAAGACCAUAGUGGUGGCGACGACGAUGACUAACAUGAAAAUGUUUGUUUUGAAUAGAGAAAAUAUUUUUUUUAAUGCCGGGCAGGGGAAUGCUGCAAGGGUGCAAAACUAAGACAUAUUGGUCUUUAUAAGUAUAUUAUGCUGAAGUAUUAAAUUAUGAUUAACUAGAAGAAUUAACACUAGUUUCCUGCUAUCCUCUUCCGCCUGGGUAAGAUUUUAUUUUUUUUAUUCUUUGCAGGAUGAAGAAACUCACUUUUUUGUGCACGUUUUCAAACUAUUGUAGAUCUGGGUGCAAUUAAUGUGUUGAUAAAAUGAAAUGCAGAAAUAAAAGAUGUGAAAAGGC